AAUAGGUGCCUGUUGGAGCGACACAGAAACCUCGGCGCACCGCUCUCUGGGACUACAAACUAACUCCCCCUUCCUUUGUCUUUCUUUUGCAGUUUCAACACUUUUCCCUCCACAUGCUUCUCUCCUACAUAGCUUAACGGCUCUUCUCGCUUUAUACUCAGAUUCAUUUAUUUCCCAAACUUUUUUUUGUUGCUCGGACCGGAUCGAGCGAACAGGUGGAGAUGAUGGCGAGCGGACCGGCGCCACUCGGUGCUGCGCUCUCCCCGGCUCGGCGCACCCAGACGCGGGUCGCGCUGCUGCUGUGGUCGCUGUUAGUGACCUGCUGCCACUCCGUGUCGGCGCAGGAGCUGCCGAUCAACGGGGUGAACGGAUACAGCCUGCACCCGCCCUACUUCAACCUGGCCGAGGGCACCAAGAUCACCGCCACGGCGACAUGCGGGGAGGAAGACACCGGCAGGACCGUGCAAGAUCUGUACUGCAAGCUGGUCGGAGGCCCGGUGUCCGGAGACCCGAGUCAGACCAUCCAGGGCCAGUACUGUGACAUCUGUAGCCAAAGCGACAGCGAUCGCGCCCAUCCCAUCACCAACGCCAUCGACGGGACGGAGCGCUGGUGGCAGAGCCCGCCUCUGUCCCGCAGCACAGAGUUCAACCAGGUGAACGUCACCCUGGACCUCGGACAGGUACGACUCAACACACACGCAGAUGGACUUUCUCUGACUGUCUGUGCAUUUAUGGUUGUCACCUUUUCUGGAGGGUCAGAGGUUUUCAGAUUAUUGUGGAACGUCAUUGUUGACCAAUGGUUUGUAGACGUCCUAUAAAUUUAGAUAUAUAAU